AUGACGUCCCCGUCUCAUGAACAUGUUCACGACAACCAAAUCUCCAACAUUGAUAUUGAUGCUUUCAGAGGACUUGAUACUCUGAAUUUUAUGGAUUUCACUAACAACCCGUUGGAAUACAUCGAACCGGGGACUUUCCAGAAUCUGAGUCGGCUAGAAUAUUUAAACUUGGUGAAUGUCCAACUGGCAAAUCUCGAACCAGAUACCUUUCAAGGGAUUACCUCCCUCAAAGGCUUGUCGACUGAUGACUACAGGCUUUGCUGUUUGUUCGACGAGACAGAUCUGUGCAGCAUUGCUUCCUCGAACUUCCUGGACUCCUGCUCCCGUCUUAUGCCAAACACAAUCUUAAGGGUAACCCUUUGGGUCAUAGGGUGGGGCGCCCUCAUCGGCAAUACCAUAGUUCUUGUCUUUAGGUGUCGUACCGAUCAUUCAGUCAGCGCAAAGACUCAGGGACUGUUCAUCUCCAACCUGGCCAUAGCAGAUUUCCUGAUGGGAAUCUACAUGAUUAUAAUAGCAUCAGCAGAUGUGUACUACGGAGAUUAUUUCUACCUCUUCGCAGAGCAAUGGCGUGGAUCGGUCACUUGCAAAGUCGCAGGAUUCAUCGCUGUUCUAUCCAGCGAAACGUCCGUAUUCGUACUUGCGAUCAUUACGAUAGAUCGAGUCCUUAGCGUCAUGUUCCCCUUUGGAAAACUGAAGUUUCGGGCUACUUCUGCUCGCGUUGGAGUGGCGCUUAUAUGGACCAUUGCUGUUGUAGUGAGCAUUGUUCCUUUGAUUGUUAGCUCCUACAUCAGCGGUUUCUACGGCCUGUCAGAUGUUUGUGUUGGACUACCACUCAAUGUCGAGUCAACAGAGACUGGAGAAUUAGUAUAUAAUUACGAGAGAAGGGUGUGGGAAUACCUCAAAUAUGAAACAACAAAGAGACCAAGUUGGGUGUACUCAAUCGCCAUCUUUCUCGGUGUGAAUUUCUUGAUUUUCAUCCUCAUUCUGCUCUCCUAUGUCGUCAUAUUCGUUCACGUUCGCAAGUCGGCACGCAGUGUGGCCAAUCCGGCAAGCGGUUCGGGUAGCAGUGACCGCGCCCGGGAAGUGAAGCUGGCAACACGCAUGUCUAUCAUUGUCCUGACGGAUUUCUUUUGCUGGAUGCCGGUGAUCAUCAUGGGUAUCCUUUCGCAAACAGGUGCUGUCACCCUCCCGGUAUCCCUCUACGCCUGGAGCAUUGUCUUUAUCUUGCCUAUCAACGCAUCCAUCAAUCCAUAUCUCUAUACCUUCAUCGCAAUAUGUGGUGGUUCAAAGACGAGAUCUACCUCAAGCCCUACGCAAAAGACCCGUUUCUCGACCGCGGUGUCUGAAACACGAGCAUGAUGUAGAAGUACUCAAAGUGGUGGUACGCAAUCUACCACAAACCAUGCUCUAAAGAUUCGUACCAUAAACACCAUGUCUCAGACACGAACAUAUUAAAAAGAGGGAAUAUACUGUCUUAAUCUGUCGGUUCAAAGAUGAAAUCUACCUGAAACUCAGCUGUAUAGACCCGUUAAACAUGACCACGAUGUCUGGUACACAAGUAUGCUGUAGGAUUAUACUUCAUAUGUAGGUUUAAAGACGAAAUCUACCUUAAAC